AUGUCCUCUGCUCGCGUCUAUAUCGGGCGUUUGCCCCACCGUGCCACCGAGCGUGACAUCGAGCACUUCUUCCGUGGCUACGGACGUAUCAUGGAUGUUGUGUUGAAGGAUGGAUUCGGCUUUGUGGAAUUCUCCGACGAUCGUGAUGCUGAUGAUGCGGUCUAUGAGCUCAACGGAAAGGACCUUUGUGGAGAGCGUGUCGUCAUCGAAAUGUCCCGCCGUGGCCCACGCAAUGGUGGUGGCCGUGGACGAGACUUUGACGAUCGGUACGGAGGCGGACGUGGUGGCCGCGACUUCGGCGGACCCCGCGGAGGCGCCUCAAGGUAUGGCCCACCAACCCAAACUCGUCACAAGAUUCGCGUGGAAAACCUCUCAUCCAGGGUGUCGUGGCAGGACCUGAAAGACAUGCUCCGUCGCGAUGGCUGCGAGGUGACGUAUGCUGAUGCGCAUAAGGAACGCAUGAACGAGGCUGUGGUCUGCUUCGCCACGCGCCACGACAUCAAACGGGCCAUCGAAAAGUUCGACGACAAGGACGUGAACGGCCGUCGCCUGAAGCUGGAGGACAUCUCCGAGCCGGGACGGGAGAGCCGCUCGCGCUCGCGGUCAAGGAGCCGUCGUCGCUCGCGCUCAGUUUCUCGCUCUCGUUCUCGCAGCCGUUCUCGCUCGCGCGGAUCUCGCCGUCGCUCUCGCUCCCCGAUCAAGGAGCGCAAGCGUUCGGCUUCGCGCUCAAAGAGCCGCUCGGCGAGCCCGACCGCCAAGAAGAGCCGCACCUCGCGCUCCCGCUCUCGCACUCCAUCUCGCUCUCGCAGCCGCUCGCGCUCGCGCUCUCGCUCUCGUUCGGCUAGCCGUGAUCGAUCUCGCAGCCCGGCUGAGAAUAAAGAAAAUGGACGUGUUGAAACUGACGGUGAAAAGGAACCAAUCGAUGAC